GAGAGAAAGUAUCGAAGUUGAUUGAGAGGAGCCGUUUCUUGCGAAGCAAGCAUUCAUUGUAGUUCUUAUUCCCCGAGAACAAAAACGAAGAUCUUCGUUCCGAUCUUCACAAAACCGUACACUGGUUUCAUCACUCUCUUCUCCGCAAAAAUAUGAAUGAUCUGAUGACGAAGUCGUUUCUAAGUUAUGUGGAACUCAAGAAACAAGCCAAGAUCGAUACGGAAUCAGAGCGCGACGUCGAGAAAGGCGAACUCAACGAAGAAGCCCUUUCCGCUUUCUUCGCAGAGACCGAAUCAAUCAAAACCCUAAUCGAAGAGAUCACUCAUCUCUUGCUCGAACUACAGAACCUAAACGAAGAGACCAAGUCCACGCACAGCGCCAAGAUCCUCCGAGGACUGAGAGACAGGAUGGAAUCCAACAUCGUCGCCGUGUCUCGCAAGGCGAACACGGCCAAAGCCCUAAUCGACGCCGUCGAGACCGCGAAUCGUAGGAACGGAUCUUGCGCGGACAGGACGCGUGUCUCGAUCACUAACGGUGUUAGGGCGAAGCUGAGAGAGACGAUGGGGGAGUUUCAUCGGCUGAGGGAGAUGGUCUUUGCUGACUACAGAGAAGAUCUCAAGAGGAAGUACUUUUUAGCGACUGGUGAUGAACCGAGUAACGAGGACGUGGAGAAGAUGAUAUCUGGAGGGCUUGUGAAGACGUUCGAAGUGAAAGCAGAGAUGGAUUUGGAGAUGAAAGAGAGACAUGAAGCUGUGAAUGAGAUCAAGAGGAGUCUUAACAGGCUUCACCAAGUGUUUCUCGACAUGGCUGUUCUUGUUGAGACGCAAGGAGAUGGGGUUGAUGAUAUUGAAGCUAACGUGGCUGUUGCUGGGAGCUUUGUGAGUGGAGGAACUAACAGCUUGUUCUAUGCGAAUCAGAUGAAGAAGAAGAACAAGAAAUGGGUUGUUUGGGGUUCGGUUUUGGGGGUGAUUAUUCUUCUUGUGUGUUUGAUCUCCAUGCUUGCUUCUCGUUGAAGUGUGUUUCUGAUUCCUUGUUUUGGUGGAGAUUUGUUGCUUCUUUUGAUUAGUCUCGAUGGAAGCUAGUUGGGUACUUUUUUUCAAGUGUAGU